UCGGUUUCCUCACUUUAGCAUUGCUUUUUUUAUUGAUUUUUAACCAAAAACGAGCGUAAAUCAAAACUAAGUGGAAGGUCGAGGCCCUGAACGAAACUCACCUCGACUUUCUUGUAGCUUCGCUUCGACAUGGAUUUGGUUGUCCUAUGGUAAACCCUGCUCGGCUGCAGGCCUUGGAAGCAUGGCGAAACGAGAACCAUAUCAGCCUCUCCCAAGUGAACGGGCAGAGGAGGUACGGCGGACCCCCUGACGGGUGGGAAGGGCCGGCCCCGGGCGACGGCUGUGAGGUGUUCAUCAGCCAGUUGCCCGAGGAUGUGUUUGAGGACCUUCUGAUCCCCCUGUUCAGUUCCGUCGGCCGGCUCUGGGAGUUCCGCCUCAUGAUGAACUUCAGCGGCUGGAACCGCGGCUUUGCCUACGCCACGUACGGGAGCGCCGGCGAGGCCGCCGCCGCAGUGCGCCGGCUGCACGGCCAUCGGCUGGGGCCCGCCAGGCAGCUCGGCGUCUGCCUUAGCACCCAGAAGAAGCAGCUGUGUGUGGGAGAGCUGCCCGUCACCAGCGAACAGCCGUACGUGCUACAGGUGCUGAGGGCGCUGAGCGGCGGCGUGGAGAGCGUGUCCCUGAAGUCGGGGAAGGACAUCAAGGGCGUGUCUGCUUUGGUGGUCUAUGAAUCCCACCAUGCCGCCGCCAUGGCCAAGAAGGUGAUCAGAGAAGGUUUCAAGAAGCAUUGCUCCCUGACGGUCUCCGUCAGGUGGCACUAUUCCUCGACCAAGGUCAGGAGACCCCUCCCGCAUGGAGAGGGGCCCCCGCGCUCUCAGAACCCCCGCCUUCAGCCCCCCCGCCUUCAGCCCCCCCUACCAACCACCGAGACCUUCAACAAGGCCCCGGGGGCCCCUGGCCCUCUACCCCCCCGUCCCGCCCCGUCCUGGUCGUCCCCGCUCCCCCAGAAGCCGUGCCUCGUCGCGCUGCUCCAGCGGACGUGCGGCACCAGGCUGGACUUUAACCUGGAGUGUACCACCUCGGGGCCGUGGCACGUCUGCGUGUCCUACAGCGUGCAGCUGCCCCACCUGCCCCAGCCCUUGAAGGGCUGGCUGACGGUCCGGAGGGGGGUCACCCACGAGGACACGUGGCGGGAGGUGAACCAGUUGGUGGCCGGGCGGGCCCUUGCGGCCCUCUGGCCGGGCACGGAGGGCGUGCCGAAACAGGCUUGGUGAACGCGCCCAACGGGACGUGUUCAACACUUAUCUUGACCAUCGCAGGGCGUUCCCCUUUUUAUUUAUGUUCGAAGAAAAAAAUGCUUUGGUUUUAUGUUGUGCAUGUUUUUAUUGGUGUUGAACGUUGCAUGCUUUAUGUUUGUACCUAAUUUUAAUCUAAAUAAGAUGCUGCUUGUCAUUGUAGAAGAGUAUGCAGUGUGGAGUUUUGCAGAGCUCUAUUGGGAGGUUUGAUAUGAACGACGUUGGUUCUGCACCUUGGUGUGGACAUGUUGGUUUGAUCUUGAAUGAUUAAAUGUCUUACCUACCAUC